AUGAUAGUCAGAUCCUUAAAUAUCAGAGGAGGAGGCAAUUAUUCUAAGAGAAGAAGGAUAAUUUGCAUCAUUAAUUCGGGUAAGGCAUAUAUUUUUCUGAUUCAAGAAUCUAAAUUGAAGGAGGUUGAUCGCAAAGUUAUUGGGAAUUUAUGGAAUAACCAAGAGGUGAUUUGGUAUUUUAAUAAAUCACACGGUCAAUUCAAAGGGAUUAUUACAAUGUGGAAUGAGAAUUCGAUUCAGUGUGUUUUCACUUUCUCAGGGGAAGGUUUCUUGGGUGUCAAAGUGGUGUGGAAGAAUGAGUUUUACUAUGUGAUCAAUGUGUAUUCUGGUUGUUCCAUCAACUCAAAGCGUAAGUUAUGGGUUGAGCUUUGUUUGUGCAAAAGGAAGUGGUUAAAUGGUAAAUGGAUUAUAGGUGGGGAUUUCAAUGCUGUUUCUAAUUCCUAUGAAUGA